AUGGAAGAAAGGAGUCAGACAGAGAGGAGGAAGUUCUCCUUCAGCAUCGAAGACAUCCUGGGCGGGUUCCCACAGACCGGGGGGCUGAGGGAGGAUGCUGGGGGGGAGUCUCAUGCUGAGGUGCCCUUGGAGGCUCUCCCACCGGUGACCCCGACAGACGCCCUGGACCCGCCCUGUCUGUGCUGCUGCUACUGCUUGCGUUGUGGGGACCCCCUCAAGCCAGAUAUAGCACCUCCACCUGCCUCAGCCAGUCGGUAUUUGUGGUGCGGUGGGCUGUUCCCCGAUUCGCCUGGGCCGGGGGAGACUCACGGCAGCCACACCGAAGAAUUCCUUUUCAACCAGAUCCAGAGGCGCACCCGACGUCACCGCACCAUCUUCACGGAGGAGCAGUUGCACGCGCUGGAGGAGCUGUUCCUCCAGAACCAGUACCCUGAUGUCACAGCGCGAGAGCAGCUUGCCCUCCGUACCCAUCUGCGCGAGGAGAGAGUGGAGGUAUGGUUUAAGAACCGCAGGGCCAAGUGGAGACGACAGAAGAGGAUUGCACUUGGCGUGGGCGAUUUGGGAUGCUGGAAAGUUCUGGAAAAUACAGACUGA